UUUAAAUCUGUUGUUAUUCCUCAUCUUGCUUUUUUUGUGUCAUUUUACCUAUAGAAGGCGAUAAGCGGCAAUGUUAAGAUAGACGAUUUAGAUCUAGAGAGAGAGAAAAUGUUACCAUCAAAACCGGUUUAGGAACUCUUAAAUCGGAACGAACAGACCAUUCAUCCAUCCCAAUAUAAGAGACAAAUUUGAACUCUCCUCUCUAGCACGAAAGCUCUGUGUCUCAGCUCUUCUCUUAGUUACCUCUCUUCCUCUCUCUGUCUCUCUGAUCGACAGCCUUCUUGCAACCUAAUAACGCAGUGUUAAUCAGAGAAUAGCCAUCUGAUUCCACAUUAAAUCUCUAACAUCGACCCAUUACAACUCGAUUCGUCAACCUGAGAAUCGAUUGGUUGAUCAGAGUUUCUGGAGUGGUUUGUCAGAGAAUAUCCACCUUUAAGAUCCUAAUGUAUGCUGUGCGUUUGUACCUCAAAGCUUCUCCGGUCAAGCGGGUCGACUUGGCCGAUUUUGUAUGCCGAGAGCCGCUUUUUGCAGGUGGGUAAUGUUGGGGCUGUUAUGAGGUCGAAUUUGGAGACUUACAGAGGGAUGACGUACGAUGGUUAGUACGUAACACACUUCACGCAGCUGCAAUUUUGUUCCCGGAGGGGGAGCUCUUCGGAUUAUCCUUUGCUCACACAAGAUGACCACAGUUCACCAAUUGUGCUAAGCAAUUAUUAAAAAUAGCAGCCAAGGAAGCUCUCUGUUCGAUUGCAAGAAGGUUGUUGAUGAGAGAGAGAGAGAGAGAGCUGAGACAGAGAGAGAGAGAGGAGAGAGUUCAAAUUUGUCUCUUGUAUUGAGAUAAAUGAAUGAUCGAUUUGAGAGAGAGAGAGAGAGAGAGAGCUGAGACAGAGAGAGAGAGAGAGGAGAGUUUGUAUUGAGAUAAAUGAAUGAUCGAUUUGACUCGAUUUAAGAGCUCCUAAAUCUGUUUUAGUGGUAGUAUAUUUUCUCUUGAGAUCUAUAUUGUCUACCUCAACAUUGUCACUUGUUGCCUUAUGCAGGUAGAUCAACACGAGAAAAUAGCAAGAUGAUGAAUUACAGAGGAUUUAAAUCUAUAGAAGGAUCUAUAUGGUCUAUUUUAUCACGACCGAAACUCGACAUGUAGAUUCUGAAGAUUUUAAGCAAUCGUCACCCUGGGCGGUACUAAGCCCCACCAUGUGUACGUGGUACGGUUUAUCCUACUCGGUCGGAAAGUUAUGUCCACUCGUUUUGGCUGAUGGGCUGAGUCAAACUCCUCCAUUACAUCCUGGACUCCUCCCCACUCUUCACCGUUCACUGGCCCAUUUCCUUCCAUGGUGGGCCUCCUGAUGCGGCCCUCAUCUCUCUCUCCACCUUCGUCACUUCAUCCAUGAUACAAAGGGCCCAGUGCCGUUUUUCCAUUUAUGAACGACUCACAGUUACAGCUUUCAACUCCCGUCUUCAUCAAUCUUAUGUUUAUGUACCUACCCCAUCAUCGUAAUUCUUAGGGUAACUCCCUCUAACUCUUACAGCACUGUCCGUUCCCCCACCCUCUCUCUCUCUCUCUCUAGUCCUCUUCUAUAAAUAGGAAAUGGCACCAACAUACAUAAGACAAAUAUCACUCAAGAGAGUGAUACUUAAGAGCUUGAUUCCUUGCUUCCUCACUCCUCACUAGGACGGUGUGUGGUGUAGGUAAAUACUUCAAAAAUAUCCUAUAUUAUAAUGAAGCUCUGCAUCAGCACGGUCCGUCCCUGCACCUUCCCAACACCCAAAUGCGUGUCCUUCUCUGUACGGUGCAGUACCGCAAGGCCCGUCACGCAAAUGCCCAAACCGGCUAGGCUUGGCAAAAGGUGGACAGAGUACCAAGGGGUCCAAAACUGGCAGGGCUUGCUUGACCCACUCGACGAUGACCUACGUAACGAGAUCAUCCGCUACGGCAAGUUCGUAGAGGCCACUUAUAAAGCCUUCGACUUCGACCCUUCUUCUCCUUCUUACGCCACGUGCCGGUUCCCCAAACUCUCUCUCUUCGACCACUGUGGUCUCCCCAGCACCGGUUACCGGCUCACCAAGAACCUGCACGCCACGUCUGGGAUUCGGCUGCCACGUUGGAUAGACAAGGCUCCCAACUGGAUGUCCAACCGGACCAGCUGGAUUGGUUAUGUGGCGGUCUGUCAGGACCAAGACGAGAUAGCCCGGCUUGGCCGUCGUGACGUGGUGGUCGCCUAUAGAGGGACUGCUACUUGUCUGGAGUGGCUUGAGAAUCUACGUUCCACGUUGACACAACUCCCUGGUACAACCAAUGUGGGCCUCCACGAUGAGCCCGAGCCCAUGGUGGGGAGGGGAUUUCUUAACCUCUAUAUGUCCGGAACUGCAGAGUACCGUAGCUUGCGGGAUGAGGUGAGGGAAGAGAUUGGUCGUCUCAUCCAAUCCUACGGCGACGAGCCUCUCAGCUUAACCAUCACCGGACACAGCCUAGGUGCGGCACUUGCGACUAUUACUGCCUACGAUAUAACCACCACCUUCCGUCAUCCACCGUUGGUGACAGUCAUCUCCUUUGGCGCCCCACGUGUUGGUAACCGUAGCUUCAAAUGCCACGUGGAAAAAUCAGGAAGCAAGAUACUACGUAUAGUAAACUCAGAAGACCUCAUCACAAAAGUCCCCGGCUUUGUCAUCGAUGAGGUGUCAAGCAGAGAUGCCAUCCAAGUGGCAAGAUUCCCAAGCUGGUUACAGACACAAUGGGUUUAUGCUGACGUGGGCACGGAGCUCCGAGUCAGCAGCAGAGAUUCGCCAUAUUUGAGUGGACCCACAGCCAAUGUUGCCACAUGUCACGAGCUGGAUACUUAUCUCCACUUGGUAAAUGGCUUCGUGAGCUCACAGUGCCCGUUUCGGACAACACAACAGCCACCGAUCACAAAGUUAGUUGGGUAAAGGUCAAGGAUGCGUAUUGUUAUCCUUUAAAAAAUGGACACCAAUUGUCUUAUACCAGAAGGCUAAUAUGCACCCAAGGCGUUGACUACAAAUAGUCUUCCAUGCGGCAGCAGAAGCCAAAGCUCGAUAAUCCGGGCUCCACGUAAUGAGGCGAAUUCUUUGAAGAUGAAAUGACAUGACUAACCCUACUUCGUCUUUUUAUUUUGUCAAGUGCCAUUCCGCCGCCGACCAAUUUUGGGAAAGGGAAUGACCAACUCCAGCAUCGUCGAUCUUGGUGUCUAUUAUCUUUAUUUUGAGGAGCUGAGGACCGAAAAGGAAUCAUCUGUUUUAAGCGAUUGGAUUUUGUACACAAAAUUUGUUGGGUUUUCUUUUCCGCCACUUUGUCUGGUGAAUUAAAAUACUUCACCAUUGGCCACAUGAUAAUU